AUGUCAUCCCUCGAUUCAAUCUGCGUUGGCAUCGAGCUGGAGUUCAUGGUUGCACUGCAGAUUGCAGACUCCAAUGCUGUGGCUGGCGAGACUCGAUGGGCCUGUCCUUCCUCUCCGGAAGCCUAUAUGGGCCUCGUGAUGGGAGACUACACAAAGAUUAAGCCCCCAGUCAUUCACAAGGUAUGCGACACGAUCGCCAGUACCGGUGUUGCCGUCUCGUGCAACGUGUAUCAGCCUGAGUCCUCAGACCCUGCCCAGCUCCCUGGUACGUCAGUUAUUCCGCUCACUGAUAGUAGCGGACAUGUUCAAGUGUGGAAUAAGGAGGCGGCUACGGACAUGGCUGGACUAGUCCAAAAGACCAACACUUGGUUCGUCAUUCCCGAGAUCCAUAUUACCAAAGACUGCGUUAGUAAGUCUGGAAAGACACCCUCUGACAGAUACGACUGGUUCGGAACUGAACUCAACAGUCCGAUUCUCAUCCGUGCUGAAGAGUUCAGCCAGGGGCUGCCUACCCUUCGUAAGUGCCUCAAAGCAGUGCAGGAGAACAUGGUAGUCGGACUAAAUUCUGGCUGCGGAUUGCAUCUCCAUGUCAACGAUGCUGGCAGCAUGAAGCUCACCACGGCCCUGCGCGUCACUACCCUGGUUUGGUUGCUCGAGGACACUCUUCUGUAUCCCUUGUGCCAUCCAUUCCGCUCCUCUUCCCCUUACUCAGCACGCAUCAGCACAGAGUCUAAAAUCGCCAGGGAAGCUGGUGAGCCUCCGUUAUGGCCCGAGAAUGAGAUACUUAUCUACGCCCUCCACGAAACCAUGGUACAGCUCAGCUGGCGUAAGAAGGUCGACAAGAGCCUUCUUGGGGCCAUGAAACGUUUAUGGUCCGAGCCCAACCUUGCCAGUCUCGGGGUAGCACUCCGCAAGUUCGACGAAGGCAUGGAGCACACAACGACCCGAUGUGCGCUGGUGGUGUCCAAGUACAACACGCUCGAGUUUCGAUACCCUGAGUCCACGUUUGACGUUGACUUCGUCGCUGGCUGGGCUGACUUGGUGCGACAUUUGUAUGCGGUUGCAAUGAAGCCUCAGGCCGAGUUCAAUCAGAUCAUCUGUCGCGUGUACGAGCUCGUGACUCGGGAUCAGGUGCCCGGAUGGUCAGCGAUGAUGGGGGCGAUUGGGUUCCGGACAGACAUCAGCCGCUGGCAGCGACAUCUGGACGCGUACCAAGGUAACCUGAGUGAUCUUGAUAAGCAGGGUAUUCUCCCACAGUCAGGAGUCAUUGGGCUGUAA